UUUACGUCCAUUUUUCAGUUAAAAAUUGCACAAUAGUUUGUAUUAAUUCCUUCUCAUUUGAACACGCCACGAGCAUGUGGUUUCUAUAUAGGCUACUACAUAAUAAACUUUAGUGUAAAAGGAAAGGCUAAGUUAUUUCAUUAAGUAUGGCUUCAAAACUCGAGAAUGUUGCUACUAAAACAGCGAAAAUUUACGAUUUAGACCACUUUGAAAAAUUGCUCAAGGGUUUGAAAGUAGCAUCUUGCAUGCUUACGGAGUCACAUCAAGUUGUUGAUGAAGCCAGUGUGAUCAAGCGUCUCAACGCGCUGAGCCUCACCGGACCUUCUGAUGGCAACUGUUGUUCCUGCUGCGGUGUGGGCCCCUUUGAGAAUCGUCUACAACAAACGGCUCAUUAUAAAAACCAUUGGCACACUCACAACCUGAAGAGGAAAUUGUUUGGGAAGCCACCACUUACUUUAGGGCAGUUUAGCUCAAGACAAGAUGACAACUCCAGUGUGUCCGGCAGUGACUCGGAAACAGAGGGCAGUAGUAACGGACCCGCUAGCGAUCUGUUUGCCGCAGCUACUCGCCACUGCAAGGCCUUCUUUACCAACAGCAAGGGCCAAGUGUUCUGCAUCUAUAGGUGCUUGCUGCAUCAUAGAAAGGAGGAACUUUCAACGGACGGCGACGGUAGCGCCUGGAUCGAGCGCUGCUCACGCCUCCUGCUCCCCGGCUUCCAACGCUGGGCAGUCUUCAUGGUCUCCGGGGGACACUUUGCAGGCGCCAUAUUUGCUGGCGGCUCCGCUGUUCUACAUAAAACGCAUCAUUCUUAUGUGACGAGGCGUGGACAAGGUCAGGCGCAAGCUUCACGCGACCAGCACGGGUCGGCUCCCAAAUCAGCCGGCGCGAGUUUAAGGAGGUACAAUCAGGCCGCGUUCUUAGAGCACGUCCAAGAAAUAAUAACCGGCUGGACAGAAGACCUGAACGGGUGUUCCCACAUCCUCUACCGGGCCGUCGGACCCAUCAACCAAGGGGCUUUCGGGAAGAACUCUCCUUUGAGCAGAGAUGACCUCAGGGUCAGGGUGCUACCGUUCCCCACAAGAAAACCUACGUAUAAGGAGAUUCAGAGGGUCCAUGAGACGGUGGCUAGUCUUGAAGUGUAUGACACAAUGGAGCUAUUCCAGAAAGCACUAAUAGCGUCGACUACCAAGCUGCCGGCGAAAACCGGCUCCGACACUAGUGUAGAGCGGAAAAAACCUCAGAAGAGUCCUAGCAAACCCAUCGACAGGGCGAAAUCGAGAGAACGUGCCCCCCGCCCCCUCCCCACACAAGUUACGUCGAGUGAAGACGAAGGCCCCUGCUACAUUGACUCUGAGACCCCGCCCAACUGGAUCAAGACCCUCUCGGAACAGACCUCCAAAGGGCACAUAUCCAACUCACGGAAAGACCUAAUACACGAUGUGGUGGUUGCCCGGCCACUCAGUUCGGACAGCGAAGACCAAGGGCCCAGGGAAGAAAAGAAGGAAGCCAAGAAGAGGAAGAAGAAGAAAGAAGAUAGGGGCGACAAGGGGGAGAAAGUGGAGAAGAAGGUUCCGCCUCCGAAGAUUCCUAAUAAUGUGAAAAAGAUGUGGAAGAUAAUAUCAGGCGGCGAGAUCUCCCUAGAAACAAUCCUAGAAAGUUGGGAGGGGUCGUUAGAAGAGGCCUGCAACACAAAGGACCCUACCGACGGCAAUACUGCGCUGCACAAAGCUGCUAUAGCCGCUAAACCGGCCAUGGUCACUCAAAUCCUAACCGCCGGCGGUGACCCCUGCAUCAAGAACAACCAACUACAGACCCCUUACGCAGCGUCCCCACACAACGACACCCGAAUAGCUUUCAGGCUGUUCCAGGCACAACAUCCCGACAAAUACAACUACGCUAAGUCUCAAAUCCCCGGCCCGCUGACCCCCGAACUCAUAGAACAAGAGAAAGAAAAGAAAGCACAGCAGAAGAAAGCUAAGCGGCAGAGAGAGAAGGAGAAGUUGGCCGAGAAGAAUAAGACUAGCAAGUUCUUGCAGAUGACGGAUGCUGAGAAGGUAAAAGCCGAUCAGCCUCGCUGCUUCCUUUGCGGGACGCAGCUACCCAAGCAACCUUUCGAGUACGAAACAUAUAAGUUUUGCACCAUCAAGUGCUUGCAAAAUCAUAAGAACAUCAGACCGUUGCAUAUGAGCGCUUAAGGUGAUUUCAACGUUGCAAACACUGUCAAUAAUAAUGACAUUCAACAUUAAUAUUGACAGGUGAUUGAAAUAAUUAUAUGUUAAUUGGAAUGGAAUUAAGAAAUUAUAACAUUCUCACGUCAUUGUUAGUGAUCGUGUCUGAACUGCUUAGUUAAUUUAUUUGCCAUUCAUUUUGUGUUUACAUUUGAAUUGUAGAAACAUUUUUAAUAAGUAAAUAUCCUAAAAAAAUCCGUAUGUAGGUUUACAAAAGUCCUUGAAAAUGAUAUGAUUUGUAUGUACCUAUUAUUAUUUAUGUAGACAGUAUGUAGCUUUCAGCCUUUUACCUACUAGGUACUUGUAAUAUCUAUAAUAUGUAUGAAUUAUUUUUACUGGCAAUAUUUUGAUAGUAAUUUCUGAAUAAUUCAAUACAUACUGUGCUAAUAAUAUUGUAAAAGUGAUUUAACAUAAUAAGUACAAGAUGUCAUAAUCCUGUGGUCUAAUCAUUGAACAAAUACAUUAUGUACAAUGUUAUGUAGGUAAUUGUACCGCAUAGUGUACAUACUUAUAACAUGCAACUUUGUUUUCCAUUUAAUAAAAAUUAAUUUAAUAUCAGUUAUCAUUUUAAUAUAUGUAUAUAUCCUUAUACAUAGGUCAGACAAUAAUUUAUAUUCGAUUAAUGUUACUGGUUGUCGAUAAUACAGGGUGUAAACCUAAUACGGGCGAACCUCUUAACGGUGGUGAGUAUAGGACAUAAAAAAUGGAAUUAGAUAACUUUUACUUAAAAUUGAAAUAUUUUUUUUAUCCAUACAAAUUAA